AGAAGGGUAUAAGAAAGAACUUUUGUGGCAUAAUUAGACGUCUUUGUUAUAGAAGCAAUGGAGAAAGCAAAUAUUCAAGAACAUGACGGAGAAAGUGAAAAAUUCAUUGAAGUGCCAGACGCGGAAAAUGACAUUAUCGAAAAAACCAUCUCCCCUUUAGGUCGCUGGCAAGUUUUCGUCUCCAUUAUUUCCUGUAUGGUCAAAUUUCCAGUAGCCUGGAUCCAACUAAGUAUAGUUUUCAUAGCACCCCCAGCAAGCUUUACUUGUGUAGAUAACACAACAAACACGUGUUCUGAAAAUUGUACGAGUUAUGUAUACGACAGGUCCAUUUUCACUGAAACUAUUAUAACGGAAUGGGAUUUGGUCUGCGACAAAGCUUACAUGGCGAAUUUAGCCCAAACUGUCACUAUGUUGGGUAUUCUCUCUGGAAACGUGUUGUUCGGGUAUUUCUCGGACAAGUUCGGCCGCAGAAAUCCUCUAAUAGCUGGUGUAUUGUUGCAAAUCGUGUGUGGAAUGGGGGCUGCCUUCUCAAAAUGGUUCAUCCUGUUUCUAGUGAUGAGAUUCUUCACUGCUUUUGCCACAGGAGGUACAAUGGUAACCAGUUUUGUCCUUGUGAUGGAAAUAGUAGGCGCUAAAUGGAGAACCACCUUUGGAAUCAUCUACCAAAUACCGUUCAGUUUUGGCCACUUAUUGUUACCCGUUUUCGCUUACUACCUUCGGGAGUGGCGCUACUUCCAUGUCGCGAUUUGUAUCCCUUCAAUCCUCCUCCUGUCGUACUACUGGGUUCUUCCAGAAUCCCCACGUUGGCUCCUCACCGUCGGAAAACACGAAAAAGCGAUACAAGUGUUGGAAAAAGCCGCCCAUCACAAUCGACUCACCGUUGAAAAUAUACAACCAGACGUCCACCACCAUGUACAGAAAAAAGAACCCGGAAAUGACCAACAAGCAGGCAACAUUGUCGAUUUAUUCCGGACCCCUAUCAUCCGCAUGUAUACAAUCUGCAUCGGCUUUAAUUGGUUCGCGUCGGGUCUUUGUUUCUUCGGUGGCGCCCAAUAUAUCGGUCAACUCGGUGGCAACAUUUUUGUGAACGUCGCUCUGUCCGCUGUCAUUCAAAUCCCCGGCACGCUGUUCUCGAUUUGGUCGCUGCAGGCGUGGGGGCGCAGGAACACGCUUAUUUUUAGUAACCUCCUGUCUGCCGGUUCGUGCAUUCUGAUUGGUUUAGUUCCGCCACAACCCGCGUGGAUAAGGAGUGGCUUAAGUUGUGUUGAUAUGUUCGCAUUGGCUAUUUCCUUUCCCACUGUGUAUAUCUACUCAGGCGAGUUGUUCCCGACUGUGGUGAGAAAUAUAGGAGUGGGGAGCAGUUCUAUGUUUGCGAGGGCGGGGUCAAUGGUGGCGCCGUUCGUUGCAGGCUUGGUAUUGGUGAGGGAGUGGCUUCCGAUGGCCGUGUUCGGGGUGGUGCCAUUAAUAGGGGCGGCGCUUUGUUUGAAAUUGCCGGAGACGGUGAACUGUAAGCUGCCGGAUACGGUGGAGGAAGCGGAGGAGUUAGCGAAGAAGAAAUAAAUUAAUUUUGUUUUUUUUUUUAAAUAUAUGUUUUGUGGUACAA